UCCCCGGCAACCGAGGGCCGUUCAAGUCCAUGGGUGAUAAACCUGCUAGAAUGCACAGAGAAGGUGCUGGCGGGGCUGCAGUCAGCGGGGUCGCCAUCGCCAUUCGGGCGGGGGUCGGAGAAAGUGUUCGACGAACGUGUGCGCAAGGCCGUUGAGUUCCCGGCGGAACGGAUGGCGUCGCAGUUUGUACCGGUCUUCAACGCGGAGUUCUGCAGCAGGAUCCAACGGCUACUGGGUGGCCGCAGUUUCUUCCUCCAGCCACACAAACUGAACGUAUACGGCGAAGGCGCACACUUCGCCAAGCACAAGGACACCAUCCGUGACCCGCGCAUGGUCGCCUCAGUCGUCGUCUGCUGCCCCACGAGCUUUGAAGGGGGCGUGCUCUCACUC